UGCACCCCAGCGCCGGCUGCAGAUGGAUGCCUGCUGCCCAGCUUCGCUGCCGGGAGCGCGGGUUCGCCCGCCGCUGGCCUCUGACGGCCCAGGUGGAAACCCAGGUGCAAAAUAAGAAAAUUGAAAUCAAAGACCAUGGGAGAUGCAGUAAAACCUUACAUUGUGAAGGGCACUAAAGGCCGAGGAACUGUUGAUGAUGAUGAUUUCAGAAAGGGUUACCUCCAACAAGAUUAUUUAAUAAUGGAUGAUUACGUUAAGGGCCAUAGUAGUAAAAUGGAAAAGGGCCUGCCAAAAAAAAAGAUAACACCUGGGAACUAUGGGAAUACACCCAGAAAAGGACCAUAUCCUAUUUCCAGCAAUCCAUAUACAUUUAAAAACCCAAUUUACAGUCAGGCCGUUUGGAUGAAUGACAGCCACAAAGAUCAGAGUAAGAGGUGGCUGUUAGAUGAACUGACUGGUAAUUCAGACAAUUGGCGAGAAUUCAAACCCGGACCUAGAAUUCCUACAGCAAGCCGACCAAGAAAGGACUCGUUUCAAGAGAGUGAGGAUGGUUACAGGUGGCAGGAUGGAAGAGGCUGCCGUGCUUCGAGAUGCUUGUUUCACAAAGACCUGACAAGCCUUGAGACCAUGUCAGAACUGGAAGCUGGGAGUCCUGAAAACAAGAAGCAGCGGUCUCGACCCAGGAAGCCACGGAGGACUAGAAAUGAGGAAUGUGAACAAGAUGGAGAAUUAGACGGUCCUGUGAUUGACGAGUCAGUGCUUUCAACAAAGGAGCUGCUGGGCUUACAGCAGGCUGAGGAACGGUUAAAGAGAGACUUCAUUGACAGGCUAAAAAGGAGGCCACGAAACUGCCCUACAGCAAAGUACACCUGCAAACUCUGUGAUGUUUUAAUUGAAUCCAUUACAUUUGCCCAUAAGCAUAUCAAAGAGAAGAGGCACAAAAAAAACAUGAAGGAAAAGCAGGAGGAAGAGUUGCUCACUACAUUACCCCCACCAACAUCCUCUCAGAUAAGUGCAGUUGGCAUUGCCAUUGACAAAGUGGUGCAGGAGUUUGGAUUACACAAUGAGAACUUGGAACAGAGGCUAGAAAUUAAAUGCAUCAUGGAAAAAGUGUUCCAGUACAAGCUACCAGAUUGUUCUCUAAGAUUGUAUGGGUCUUCCUGUAGCCGAUUGGGUUUCAGAAAUUCGGAUGUAAACAUUGACGUUCAAUUUCCAGCCAUUAUGUCUCAACCAGAUGUCCUCUUACUUGUUCAAGAAUGUUUGAAAAACAGUGACUCCUUCACUGACGUUGAUGCCGAUUUCCAUGCUAGGGUACCAGUGGUGGUGUGCAGAGAGAAGCAAAGUGGUCUCCUUUGUAAAGUGAGUGCAGGAAAUGAAAAUGCUUGUCUGACAACAAAGCACUUAUCUGUCCUUGGAAGACUAGAACCAAGGCUGGUUCCUCUGGUGAUUGCAUUUAGGUACUGGGCAAAGCUUUGCAGUGUAGACCGCCCUGAAGAAGGAGGCCUGCCGCCUUAUGUGUUCGCCCUGAUGGCUGUUUUCUUUCUUCAGCAGAGGAAGGAGCCUCUUUUGCCAGUUUAUCUGGGAUCAUGGGUUGAAGGAUUCUCAUUAAAUAAACUAGGGAACUUCAACCUUAAAGACAUUGAGGAUGAUUCUGUGAUCUGGGAAUAUACGGAUAAUGCUGCAGGGGACACAAACACAGCCAAGGAAGAGGCAUCAAAAGAAAUGCCUGUCAGAAGGGGGAAGGUGUCUUUAAUGUUUGAAGUAAAACACCAGCCUUCAGUACCAGUUGGGCAGCUGUGGGUGGAGUUGCUGCGAUUCUAUGCUUUAGAAUUUAAUCUGGCUGAUUUAGUGAUAAGUAUCCGUGUCAAAGAAUCAAUAUCUCGGGAAUCAAAAGAUUGGCCCAAAAAGCGCAUUGCCAUUGAAGAUCCCUACUCUGUUAAGAGAAAUGUGGCAAGGACCCUAAAUAAUCAACCUGUGUUUGAAUAUAUCCUUCAUUGUUUAAGGACAACAUAUAAAUAUUUUGCUCUUCCACACACAGUUGGAAAAUCCAGUCUUCCAAAGCCUCUGAGCCCAGUUUCACAUAUUUCAGAACAUUCUAAAGAAGUAGUAAAUUAUGAACCAGAUGUACAACCGAAAGAUGACAAGCUCAGAAACUCAGUUUUGGCUCAGAGUCCUGGUGCUACUACCGCUUCAACUACAAAUACCAGAAAGGCACAGCCACUGUCUCUUAAAGAGAUGGCAAAAAGCUUUGGAAGCCCACCCGCAGAGGAAGUGGAAAAUGAGCACAUCACCAUCCAUCUAGAAGACUCAAGCUGUGACCAGGCACUAGAAAGAAGAAGUAAAAAUGAGAAAGAGAAAAUUGAAAGGGAAGGCAAGUGUCCUUUGACUGCCCCUGUUCAAAGUCUAAGCAGUUGUCGGUGUGGAGAGCUUGUAGCCUGUGGUGGUACACAUAAUUGUGAGACAGAUGGCGCUUUGAAGUUAGAAGACAUCCAAGAUGCUGUGGCUAAAAAAUGUGAUGGAUUUGCUACUUUAGAUGACAAGACCAAUGCUGAAGAAAGUAUAGAGAGUGUCAGUCAACUGGAAGACUCUUUAAUCCAAGGCCACACAUCAGAAAUAAUUCUGUUUGAUGAGGAGGAGGAAGAGGAGGAGGAACACAGACUCACCAUUAACCAAGGGGAAGCUGGGGAUGGCACUGUUAAUGAAGAUGAGUUAGACAACACCUACACUGGGUCAGGGGAUGAGGGCGCCCUGUCCGAAGAGGAGGAUGAAUUAGUUGACUCUACCAAGCAUGAAGACUUGAAAGAAUGUGGAAAACAUGUAGAUGGAGCUCUACUCAUGGAACUUAAUAAAAUAAAUUUUAAAGAGGAAAAUGUACAAGAGGAAAAUUCACCUGUGGAUCAGUCUGAUUUCGUCUAUGAAUUUAGUAAACUUAUCUUCACCAAAGGCAAGUCUCCUACAGUAGUAUGCAACUUAUGUAAACGAGAAGGCCAUCUGAAAAAGGACUGUCCUGAAGACUUCAAAAGAAUCCAGCUGGAACCUUUGCCACCACUAACACCCAAGUUUUCGUAUAUCCUAGAUCAAGUUUGCAUCCAGUGUUACAAGGAUUUUUCUCCAAAUACUUCAGAAGAGCAGGCUCGUGAACAUAUUCGACAAAACCUAGAGAAUUUCAUAAGACAAGACUUUCCGGGAACUAAAUUGAGCUUGUUUGGCUCCUCCAAAAAUGGAUUUGGGUUCAAACAGAGUGACCUUGACGUCUGUAUGACAAUUAAUGGACAUGAAACUGCUGAGGGGUUGGACUGUGUAAGAACUAUUGAAGAAUUGGCAAGAGUCCUCAGGAAACAUUCAGGUUUGAGAAACAUCCUACCUAUUACAACAGCAAAGGUGCCAAUUGUGAAAUUCUUCCAUUUGAGAAGUGGUCUGGAAGUGGAUAUCAGUUUGUAUAACACAUUGGCCCUUCAUAACACAAGACUUUUAUCUGCUUACUCAGCUAUUGAUCUUAGAGUAAAAUAUUUAUGUUAUACUAUGAAAGUAUUUACAAAGAUGUGCGAUAUUGGCGAUGCUUCCCGGGGCAGCCUGUCCUCCUACGCAUACACUCUCAUGGUGCUGUAUUUCCUCCAGCAGCGGAGCCCGCCAGUCAUUCCUGUCCUGCAGGAGAUGUACAAAGGUGAAAAGAAACCUGAAAUAUUUGUUGAUGGCUGGAAUAUUUAUUUUUUUGAUCAAAUAGAUGAACUGCCUAUCUAUUGGCCAGAAUAUGGGAAAAAUACAGAAUCUGUUGGGCAGCUGUGGCUGGGACUUCUUCGUUUCUACACAGAAGAAUUUGACUUUAAAGAACAUGUUAUUAGCAUCAGGAGAAAAAGCCUGCUUACGACUUUUAAGAAACAGUGGACCUCAAAAUACAUUGUUAUUGAAGAUCCUUUUGAUUUGAAUCAUAAUCUUGGAGCUGGAUUAUCAAGAAAAAUGACAAAUUUUAUAAUGAAAGCCUUUAUCAAUGGUAGAAGAGUAUUUGGAAUUCCAGUCAAAGGAUUUCCAAAGGACUACCCCUCAAAAAUGGAAUACUUUUUCGAUCCAGAUGUACUAACUGAAGGAGAGCUGGCCCCAAAUGAUAGAUGCUGUCGAAUUUGUGGGAAAAUUGGACACUUCAUGAAGGACUGUCCCAUGAGGAGAAAAGUCAGAAGACGGAGAAAUCAGGAAGAUACUCUGCACCAAAGAUACCUUGAGAACAAAGACAAAAAAAGCAAGGAGGAGAAAGAAAUUCAGAACAAGUACACGGAAAGGGAGGUGUCAGCGAAAGAAGAUAAGUCUGUGCCAUGUGCAGCUCAGAAAGCCAAAACUGUGAGGGCAGCUGUUGACCAGGGGAGGGAGAAGCUUCUCAGGCCACCUGUGGAAAAAUGGAAGAAGCAGGACAAUAAAGACUUAAGAGAAAAGCGCUGUUUCAUUUGUGGAAGAGAAGGGCACAUUAGAAAAGAAUGUCCACAGCGUAAAGUCUCUCCAGGUGGGUCUAAGUCAGACUGCAUGUUUGGACCUCCUUCUUCACCUAGCCCUUUGAGACCAGCUGGUCCGUUUGCUCAGGCUGUGAUUUUACAUGAAGACAAAAAGAAACACAAAACAGCAAUAUUUUUGAGUCCCCAGUCAGGAAGCCUUUCCAGUAAAUACAUGGCUCAGGGAAAAGCCUUGGUGAAGAGGAGCCCACAGGAAUCAUGAAGGAAGGAGGCGCAGCACUCUACCUGGUACUCAGGCAUCCGUAUUUGCUCAGAAAUUAGAUUCAUUUCACCGGACAUAGCAGCAUAGAUCAGGCUUCAACUUCAUGUUCUAGGGAAAUGUCAGAUUUUUUUUAAUAUAAUGAAAUUGUUAAUGAAAAAAAUUUUAAUAUAGUCUUAUCUACCACCAGUCCCCAUAGAUGUAAGGAUUUUAACAGAAAGCCAUGAUGUAUGUAUUUAAGCCAGGUUAAAAGAAAAAAAUGUAACUGUGGGCCAGUAUUUAAAUGAAUACAGCUUCAUAGUUUUUAAUUCUUUAAAAGCACAUGAAAAAUGGUGUGCUGAUAAACCCCCAAGUACAUUAACUCCUUUUUCCUAUAAAUACCUUCUUUGUUUUGUAGAGGGAAAUUAUAUUUAUUGUUUACUGAAUUCUUGAGUGGAAGGUAUCAAAUAUGUGAACUGCUACUACUGUACUUAUAUUUAGAAGCAUUUCUUUCGUGCGCUUUGUAGAAGCGAACAUGAACUGAGUCCUGUUUCUGGGAGCCCUCGGUGGGUGCGCAUGCGCAGUGCCACUGACAGAGCGCUGGACGUUUCCCGCUAAAUCCACACAGAACUCUUCUGCUUAGAAAAAUGAAAUGGGGAAAGCAAGUGGCUAUGUUUCCCGUUAAAAACAUUUUAAAAGGAAAAAGUGACAAAUGUACUUUUUACUUUUUAUGAUAGUCACAAAUUAGGGUGGCGAACUUUUAAAAACCCUCAAGGAUGGAAGAGCUGCCUGGGCCAGUCAUGAGUGUGCUCGGAGCUCUCCUGGGUCUGACUGGAAUCCUCCCGGGACUGUUUCUCAACAUCACCAACUUUUUCAGAGUACUGCGUGGUCAAAACUAUGCCCCACUUUAUCAUUUUGAAAUAAAAUCAAAGUUUCAACUGCAGUUUUAUCCACAUUACU